AGAGGUUUCAGACAAGAUGUCGGCCGAUGGUCGCUUUGAGCAUUUGCGGAGAGGAGCAUCUCUGUGACAGAAGCUUGUUGACGGCGGCUUCUAGGAGCUAGUCGAAGGAUCGAGGUUGAGACGGGCAGCACCCUUCAGUUCGCUCCCCUGGGGACUGGCCGGCUGCGAGACGUGACUUUUGGGGACCGCAGGGGAGCGGGGAGUGUGAGGUGCCAAAGACCAGUAAUGCCCUGUAUCCCACCGGGAAGCCGGGAAGCCAAGCUCCGCGGGACCACUUCAUGCCGCUGACUGGUGUAGAGCCCGCCAGAAUGAACAGGAAGAAAGGAGACAAGGGCUUUGAAAGCCCAAGGCCAUAUAAAUUAACCCAUCAGGUCGUCUGCAUCAACAACAUAAAUUUCCAGAGAAAAUCUGUUGUGGGAUUUGUGGAACUGACUGUAUUUCCCACAGUUGCAAACUUGAAUAGAAUCAAGUUGAACAGUAAACAGUGUAGAAUAUACCGAGUAAGGAUCAAUGAUUUAGAGGCUGCCUUUAUUUAUAAUGACCCAACCUUGGAAGUUUGUCACAGUGAAUCAAAACAAGAGGAGAUACACAAAUGGGAUUGGAAAAAUUCAGGGAAUCCCUGAUUUACUCCUGUAACUUUCCAUUUCACAAAGGAGAAACCUCAAUUAUUUUUCCAAUGCUUAUGCAGCUGCAGUUAGUGCGGUGGACCCUGAUGCAGGAAAUGGAGAACUUUGCAUUAAGGUUCCAUCAGAGCUGUGGAAACACGUUGAUGAGUUAAAGGUCCUGAAGAUACACAUCAAUUUUUCUCUGGAUCAGCCCAAAGGAGGUCUUCAUUUUGUGGUACCCAGUGUAGAGGGAAGUAUGGCAGAGAGAGGUGCUCAUGUUUUCUCUUGUGGGUAUCAAAAUUCUACAAGAUUUUGGUUCCCUUGUGUUGAUUCAUACUCUGAAUUGUGUACAUGGAAAUUAGAAUUUACAGUAGAUGCUGCAAUGGUUGCUGUUUCUAAUGGCGAUUUGGUGGAGACAGUGUAUACCCAUGAUAUGAGGAAGAAAACUUUCCAUUAUAUGCUUACCAUUCCUACAGCAGCGUCAAAUAUCUCCUUGGCCAUUGGACCAUUUGAAAUACUUGUAGAUCCAUACAUGCAUGAGGUUACUCAUUUUUGUUUGCCCCAACUUCUUCCAUUGCUGAAACAUACCACAUCAUACCUUCAUGAAGUCUUUGAAUUUUAUGAAGAAAUUCUUACGUGUCGAUACCCAUACUCCUGUUUUAAGACUGUCUUCAUUGAUGAGGCUUAUGUUGAAGUGGCUGCUUAUGCUUCCAUGAGCAUUUUUAGCACGAAUCUUUUACACAGUGCCAUGAUUAUAGAUGAGACACCUUUGACUAGAAGGUGUUUAGCCCAGUCCUUGGCCCAGCAGUUUUUUGGAUGUUUCAUAUCUAGAAUGUCUUGGUCUGAUGAAUGGGUGCUGAAGGGAAUUUCAGGCUAUAUCUAUGGACUUUGGAUGAAAAAAACUUUUGGUGUUAAUGAAUACCGCCAUUGGAUUAAAGAGGAGCUAGACAGAAUUGUGGCAUAUGAACUGAAAACUGGUGGAGUUUUACUACAUCCCAUAUUUGGUGGAGGAAAAGAGAAGGAUAAUCCAGCUUCCCAUCUACACUUUUCAAUAAAGCAUCCACAUACGCUGUCCUGGGAAUACUACACUAUGUUUCAGUGUAAAGCCCACCUUGUGAUGAGAUUGAUUGAAAAUAGGAUCAGUAUGGAAUUUAUGCUACAGGUUUUCAAUAAACUGCUAAGUCUGGCUAGUACUGCUUCAUCUCAGAAGUUCCAGUCACAUAUGUGGAGUCAGAUGUUGGUUUCCACAUCUGGGUUUUUGAAAUCCAUUUCAAAUGUCUCUGGCAAAGAUAUUCAGCCGUUAAUAAAGCAGUGGGUAGAUCAGAGUGGAGUGGUAAAAUUUUAUGGAAGUUUUGCAUUUAAUAGAAAACGAAAUGUCUUGGAAUUGGAAAUAAAACAGGACUAUACAUCUCCUGGAACUCAGAAAUAUGUGGGACCACUUAAAGUGACAGUGCAGGAGUUAGAUGGAUCCUUCAAUCAUACGCUGCAAAUUGAAGAAAACAGCCUUAAACACGAUAUACCCUGCCAUUCCAAAAGUAGAAGGAAUAAAAAGAAAAAAAUCCCACUGAUGAAUGGGGAGGAAGUUGACAUGGAUCUUUCUGCAAUGGAUGCCGAUUCCCCUUUGCUGUGGAUAAGGAUAGACCCAGACAUGUCAGUAUUGAGAAAGGUAGAAUUUGAGCAAGCUGAUUUUAUGUGGCAGUAUCAGCUCCGGUAUGAGAGAGAUGUUGUUGCACAGCAGGAAUCCAUUUUGGCUUUGGAAAAAUUCCCUACUCCAGCAUCUCGGCUUGCACUCACUGAUAUAUUAGAACAAGAGCAGUGUUUCUACAGAGUAAGAAUGUCAGCUUGCUUCUGUCUUGCAAAGAUUGCAAAUUCAAUGGUGAGCACAUGGACAGGACCACCAGCCAUGAAGUCACUCUUUACUAGGAUGUUUUGUUGUAAAAGUUGUCCAAACAUUGUGAAAACAAAUAACUUUAUGAGCUUUCAAAGUUAUUUUCUACAGAAGACUAUGCCAGUUGCAAUGGCUUUAUUAAGAGAUGUUCAUAAUCUUUGUCCUAAAGAAGUCUUAACGUUUAUUUUAGACUUAAUCAAGUACAAUGACAACAGGAAAAAUAAGUUUUCAGAUAACUAUUAUCGUGCAGAAAUGAUUGAUGCCCUGGCCAACUCUGUUACACCUGCAGUCAGUGUGAAUAAUGAAGUUAGAACUUUGGAUAACUUAAAUCCUGAUGUGCGACUCAUUCUUGAAGAAAUCACCAGAUUUUUGAAUAUGGAAAAACUUCUUCCGAGUUAUAGACAUACCAUCACUGUCAGUUGUUUGAGAGCCAUACGGGUACUUCAGAAAAACGGACAUGUGCCAAGUGAUCCAGCUCUUUUUAAAUCUUAUGCUGAAUAUGGCCACUUUGUGGACAUUAGGAUAGCAGCUUUGGAAGCAGUUGUUGAUUAUACUAAAGUGGACAGAAGUUAUGAAGAACUUCAAUGGCUACUUAAUAUGAUUCAGAAUGACCCUGUACCCUAUGUAAGGCAUAAGAUUCUCAACAUGUUGACUAAGAACCCACCAUUUACUAAGAACAUGGAGUCUCCCUUAUGCAAUGAAGCCCUGGUAGAUCAACUUUGGAAACUUAUGAAUUCUGGUACUUCACAUGACUGGAGGUUACGGUGUGGUGCUGUGGACUUGUACUUCACACUUUUUGGCCUCAGUAGACCUUCCUGUUUACCCUUGCCAGAGCUUGGGUUGGUUCUUAAUCUAAAGGAGAAAAAAGCUGUCUUGAAUCCUACCAUAAUUCCAGAGGCAGUAGCCGGCAACCAAGAAGCUGCAAAUAAUCCAAGCAGUCACCCACAGCUAGUUGGAUUUCAGAACCCUGAAGAUGAUCACCUUGCCAAGGAAGCAUCAUGUAAUAUAUCAGCUCAUCAGCAGGGAGUGAAGAGGAAGUCUGAUACACCACUGGGGUUCCCACUAGAACCUGGUCAAAUACUGGAGAAGAAUGAGGAUAGCAGUAAAGUCAAACUCAAAAUCAGAUUUUCAAGUUCUCAAGAUGAGGAGGAGAUUGAUAUGGAUACUGUUCAUGAUAGCCAGGCCUUCAUUUCCCAUCAUUUAAACAUGCUUGAAAGGCCGUCAACUCCGGGGCUCUCGAAAUAUCGGCCAGCUAGCUCCCGAUCUGCUUUAAUACCCCAGCACUCAACAGGCUGUGACAGCACACCCACCACAAAACCCCAGUGGAGUUUGGAACUUGCACGGAAGGGAACAGGUAAAGAACAAUCACCUUUGGAGAUGGGUAUGCAUCCAGUGGCAAGCGCUCCACUCUCAGUCUUUACUAAGGAAUCUACAGCCUCCAAACACAGUGACCACCAUCACCACCAUCACCAUGAGCACAAGAAAAAGAAGAAGAAGCACAAACAUAAGCACAAACACAAGCAUAAGCAUGACAGUAAAGAAAAGGACAAGGAGCCUUUCACUUUCUCCAGCCCUGCCAGUGGCAGGUCUAUUCGUUCUCCUUCCCUUUCAGACUGAGAAGGGGACAAAGAGACCUUUCCUUCCAUGUCCAGAAGAAUGUAUGUAACUAAAGCUUUGUCCUCUCUGAUGAAUGAUAAAAGGGAGGGGGGAAAGGAUUUGCCUCUCCUACAGAAAUUCUGAAUUCAUUUAAGUACUAAGCAUUUGAUUUACAUUAUUUAUACAGUUGGGAUCUAAUUAGGAAAAUGUGUUUUGUAGUUCUGGAUAGACUAUUUCUUCCGCUGUUUCCUCCUCAAAACAUACACACAGAGCAAACUCCUUUUCAUAAAAGCCCUCAUAUCCACUGGCAGUCCCCAUUCGCAUCAUGCUCUCCAUGUGUACUGCCAGAGUCAAUUAUGUUUGAAAGCCUUUGGUGGAUGUUAUGGGGCAAAGUAUGAUUUACACAGAAGCAACUGCCAAAUCCGUGGUGCAACCACUAUCUCCAGUGAAAUAUUGUAUAACACCAUUUGGAACUACUGAAAAGACAGGCUUUUCUACAGGGCUCUUCCUUAUUGCACCAUUUUUGUAUUAACCAUAGAAACUAAGCAUCAGAAUUUAUGUACAAAGAAUAUGUUAUUUUUCCUUUUGCUCUGAAAUACUGAGAUUUGGGGAAGCAAUUCUUUUUUAAAAAAAUUUUGAAUAACUAUCUUUUGAUAACACAUUCGGCGGUUAUGAUGUUGGAAUUUAGCAGAACUAUCAAAUCCAAAAUUGUUUUCAAAUCAAGAUGUUUAAAUUAUAAGUUGUUUUGUUUUCCAGUAAGUAUGAAUGAAAAUAUUCAUAUGUAAAAUAUGUUUUGCUAAAUUUGGACAAUUUACACACCCAACAUUUACUUUUUCCAAAAUUAUUUCUGUGGGACACAAAGUAUACCUUUAAAAAGGUGACCUUAUAUAUUGUUUAUUAACAUAGAAAUAGACAAUUUGGCUCUCAUACCAUAAGCAUUUUAAAGCACAUAUGAAACGUUUUGAUUUCAUUGUAUGGUGGUGUGUUUUUAUUUUUAUUUCUGAAUUUUCCAUAUGCUUUAAUACUUGUUUAAGAAUAUUUUUAUAUCUGUUCCAUUUUUAUCAUUUCCCUUAUCGUUAGAAAGUUUGACAAAAAUACUUGAAUAUUGGUUCUCUAAAUAUACUUUUAGUUGUGUUUAACUUGUUUAAUAAAUAACUUUUUAAGUUGAUCA